AUGAGCGUGAACAAUACUAAUAAUAACUGUAAUAAUAAUAGUAAUGUAGGUAAUCAUUUUUAUAAGGAAGAAUAUUCACACUUGAAUAUUGGUUUUCGAUGGAAUUAUCUUUUUACAAAACUAUUCAGUUGGUUUCAACGUGUCCAAAGAUCACAUAGUUCAAGAACAACUACAUCUGAUUUUACGUCUAUACCAAUACAUAAUGAAUACUACCCAGUUAUUUAUCAACAUCAAGUAAGAAAAUCUGGACAUUAUCAUAGGUCACAAAGUCAACCAGCUCAAAAACCUAAUAAACUAAAGUCUAACUUACCUCUUGACAGUUAUCUCAAUAACCAAGAAAGAAGUCAGUUGAUUGGGAUGAAUAGUUUCAGUCGAAAUGCUUCACUAUCUGACUUUGAACACAUGAACAAUGUUAAAUAUCAAGAGUUACACAAUACUUGUAUCCCAUUACAUCCCAACCUGUCGGCUUCAUUAGUAUCCAAUCAAAAGUCAGUAGAGAGUUUAACAAGUUUCUGUGAAAUUGAUCAGUGUCAUUUAGCUUUCAACAAUUCUCUAACCUCGAAUUUUGAUAAUAAUAAUAAUAAUAAUAAUCUCUGUCACAAGAAUGACACUGUAAAGUGUCCUAUGUUUUCAUGUGAAAAAUAUUUUUGUUCAUGUUCACUCAUGUCUUCCAGUGAUUUAGUAUCCACUAAAGUUCAAGAAAUGUGUACAAAUAACAACAGCAAAAACUGUUUUUGCAGCCAUAGUUGUCCAAUCAAUUGUCAACAAUUGAAUGAUGCUCAUCCUAACUGUCAGUUAGCAUCGUCUUCAUGUACCUCUGACUGUUUCUGUAGAAGAUACCUCAAUUACUGUAGUCAUCACUUUUAUUGUCAACAAGAUGGUCAUGUAUCAUCAUCACCUCGUCUUCAUGAACAACAAUAUCAUCACUAUUACUUCUGUCAUCAUCAUCAUUACCAUCAUCAUCAUCAUCAUCGUCAUCCUAGCCAUGACACUAGUCUAAACAGUCUUGUCAUUAAACAUGAUACAAAAUCCCUUAGUAACUCACAAACUGCAAAUAUUCACUGCACAAACUAUCAUAUACAAAAAAAAGCAAUCAGAAAUUUUCAUUUAAAUCUUGACAAUCAGUAUACAACUAUUGGUCGAAUAAAUCAAGUUCGAUUUGACCAAUCAACUGGCAAGCAGGUAUCACCAUCAUCUGAACCAACUGAUUGUUCAUCGUCACCUGUUAUUACUUUACAGUGUUUAAAUUUAACUACAAAACAAUUAGAUAAAUAUAAUAAAACUGUCAGUAGUCCAAUAGAAGUUGAUCAAUCAGUCAACAGUAAUAACGUAACAAAUUUAACGGAUAAAAAUCAACAAUGUAUACAAAAUUAUAAAGAUUCCAUUGAGACUAUAAGGCGAAAUAAUGAAAUAACAGUUUCUAAAGCUUUAACAUCAAAAAUACCUACCAUUAAUAUGGUUAGUAAUAAAUCUGCUAAUCAACAAGUAAAAUCUUCAAAUCCUUCAAAAAGUGAUAUCUUGUGUAUUAAUCGAAAAUUUGUGACUGAUCUGAUGCAUUUGAAACGCACUGGCUGGUACUGGGGUCCAUUGACAGUAGAUGAAGCUGAAUUACUCUUAAAAAACUGUUCAGAUGGAACUUUUCUUGUACGUGACAGUAGCCAUGAUUCAUACAUGUUAAGUGUCAGUUUUCGUGCCGGUGGUCAAACUUAUCAUACAAGAAUUGAACAUCUUGCUGGUAAAUUUAGUUUAGCAAUUUCAAAUGAUUCGAAUAAAAAUGUUUCAUCAAGUGUAGCUGAAUCGUAUGCAUUUUCUACCAAUUUGUCAAGAUUUUCACCAUCAAAUAAUUUUAAUAUUGGUGUACAAUUACUUAAUUCUCAUCAUCAUGAUCAAUUAGAAGAACAACAAUCUCAACAAUCUGUUAAUGUAGCACAUGUCUUAGAAUCUACACGUUGUUCUACCUCUACACAUAUAAAAGCUUCUUUACUUCAUCCAUUAUCACGUUUUUUAAUUGUUCCUUCAUUAGUACAUUUAUGUCGUUUCGAGUUAUUAUUGCAUGUUCGACGUGAUCAUAUUAAUCUGUUACCAUUACCACCGAAUAUACUGCGUUAUUUAAAUGAAAGUCAAUAUUAUACAGAAAUUAUUCCAGCUUAUUUAGAUUUACUAGCCAAAGAUAAUAAUAAUAAUAAUAAUAAUAAUAAUAAUAAUAGUAAUUCUACAACAUAG